AUGAGCCCAGAUGCUUACAUACAGGUGGCUCUGCAACUGGCGUUCUACAGGUAAGAAACACCUGUAAGAGCUUAAUCUAAAAGGACAUGUGGUUGGUUGUUUUAAUACUGUAUCAGCACACUAUUCAUUUUAUUACAUUGUUUGCUACUUAUUGACAGUCAUUUUUAAAAUAACAAAAACCUAAAGAAACUAUUUUUUGUUGUUCACACGAAAAGUGAAUUAUGAAGUGCCUCCAUUGAUAUCUUUUUGCUUUGUGAUUUCUCAGAUGCAAUGGACGGCUGGUGUCCACUUAUGAGAGUGCGUCUAUCCGUCGUUUCCACGAGGGGCGGGUGGACAACAUCCGCUCAGCUACCCCCGAGGCUCUGGCCUUCGUGAAGGCCAUGACGGACAAGAAGGCCUCUCUCUCUGUGAGUCAUUUUUCUUACUUAGCCCCCCCCCCCAUUAUGGGCUUCUCCCAUAAUGCUGUUCAUCAUGUCUUCUCCCAUAAUGCUGUUCAUCAUGUCCUCUUCUCCCAUAAUGCUGUUCAUCAUGUCCUCUUCUCCCAUAAUGCUGUUCAUCAUGUCCUCUUCUCCCAUAAUGCUGUUCAUCAUGUCCUCUUCUCCCAUAAUGCUGUUCAUCAUGUCCUCUUCUCCCAUAAUGCUGUUCAUCAUGUCCUCUUCUCCCAUAAUGCUGUUCAUCAUGUCUUCUCCCAUAAUGCUGUUCAUCAUGUCUUCUCCCAUAAUGCUGUUCAUCAUGUCUUCUCCCAUAAUGCUGUUCAUCAUGUCCUCUUCUGCCAUAAUGUUGUUCAUCAUGUCCUCUCCCAUAAUGCUGUUCAUCAUGUCUUCUCCCAUAAUGCUGUUCAUCAUGUCUUCUCCCAUAAUGCUGUUCAUCAUGUCUUCUCCCAUAAUGCUGUUCAUCAUGUCUUCUCCCAUAAUGCUGUUCAUCAUGUCUUCUCCCAUAAUGCUGUUCAUCAUGUCCACUUACAGAUUUUUUUUAGCGCUUUGGUGCAAUUUUCACAACUCUUAGUACAAAACUCAAAACAGAUCAUCGAAAUGGCAGUUGUUUCAAAACCCUAAGCACAUUUCCAAUUGACUAAGUACAACACACAAAAUCAUAGUGACUUUUUCACCAAACUUAAUCAGUGUUUCAUCUAGAAAUACAUGUUCAUAUAAAGUAACUGCCUUUCACAAUGCAAUGCUCACAUUACUUUUGAUAUGAUUUUAUUCUCUUGUUAAAAUACAUUUGACUAUUAUUUAAUCCGACUGCUCUUAAUUGAUGAUCACUUAAACGUUUGGUAAACCUAUAGAUUUGACAUGUCAACUGGUUCGUCUACUAUAGAUAUUGAGGACUACAUGAAAAUGUGUAUGUAAAGUAGAAACAUACAGAGUAUGAUAUACUCAAAUGUACUACUAUAAAGAUGACUAUUAGGAUUUCAUUUCACAGUAAGUUAAAAAAAAAAAAUCUGAUAUUGACAAGAUCAGAGAUGUACUGUGUGUAUCAAAUCAAAUCCAAGUUUAUUGGUCGCGUACACAGAUUAGCAGAUGGUACAACAGGUGCAGUGAAACGCUUGCGUUUCUAGCUCCUACACUGCAUUAAUACAAUAUCAAUACAAUAUCAAUACAUAAAUAAUCCAGAAAGUCCAAAACAAGAAAGAAAUGCAUCCCCAUUCACACUAAACAUGUAUCCAAAAGGAAGUUGCUGUGGUAUUUUUUUGUAAUACCGUAAUAUAUUCCAUUUACAUACAGUAGCAGACACUUUCAUCCAAAGUGACAACAGUCCACACAUUUUGGUAUGUGACCCCAGUGGGAAUUGAACCCACAACUCUGGUGUUGCUAGUGCCAUGCUCUUAGGAACUGAGCCACGUAAUAAUAAUAUGCCAUUUAGCAGACGCUUUUAUCCAAAGCAACUUACAGUCAUGCGUGCAUACAUUUUGUUUUGUUUUUGUGUAUGGGUGGUCCCGGGGAUCGAACCCACUACCUUGGCGUUACAAGCGCCGUGCUCUACCAGCUGAGCUACAGAGGACCACGUACAGGACCACUACGACACAUAGGUACAAUACAAUACUGUAAAAUACAAUACACGAUUACAAUACAGGAUGGAAGAUGUAUGAUUGUCAUCCCCGUGAGCGUACCACCCUCCUCCAGGCCAUGGAUGAAGCGUGCAAUGAUUUCACUCCAGACCUACAGGAAGUCAGGCUUGGAUUCGCCAUGCCAAGAGGUUUUUCCCCAAGGUGCAUCAACAAUGAGGACAUUAACUGCGAUUUCUAUGAGAACCUGUGACCAAGUGCCAGGCUUGAUGCAAACUAGUGCCUGCUAAACAUGAUGUUUCUUUCAUUUGAUUACCUUGUGAAAGGUGUCUUCAAUGAUCAUUUCAUCACACAUAGAAAUGAUGUUCAGUCAAUUUUAAUGGGUAGUUCAAGUGUAUUGCCUAAUGUGAAAACAGUGUAAUGGACUGUAAUAAUAAUAUGCCAUUUUAGCAGACGCUUUUAUCCAAAGCGACUUACAGUCAUGCGUGCAUACAUUUUUACGUAUGGGUGGUCCCGGGGAUCGAACCCACUACCUUGGCGUUACAAGCGCCAUGCUCUACCAGCUGAGCUACAGAGGACCACGUAUACUACAUUCGAGGGGCAAUUUUGAAACAUGUAUCUUCAAUUUUUUGCUAUUGGAUUGACUGGUUGUUAAACUAGCUACGUUGAGAAGAUAUGUAUCAUUAUGCUGUGUUUUGGUGAUUAAACCAAUGUACUCAUUAUAUUUCACAGUGAACUUAUAUUUUGGAUGAGUGGUUGUGUGGUGAGGGAUGUCUACAAACAAAAUGAAUGCACAAUGAAUGGUUUAAAAUGGAGGACUGGCCGCGUUGAGAAAAUUCAUCACACCCCUUCAAAUGAGGUGAUUUGGCUAUUUAAGCCACACCCGUUGCUGACAGGUGUAUACAAUCGAGCACACAGCCAUCCAAUCUCCAUAGACAAACAUUGGCAGUAGAAUGGCCCUUACUGAAGAGCUCAGUGACUUUCAACGUGGCAUCGUCAUAGGAUGCCACCUUUCCAAUAGGUCAGUUCGUCAAAUUUCUGCCCUGCUAGAGCUGCCCCGGUCAACUGUAAGUGCUGUUAUUGUGAAGUGGAAACGUCUAGGAGCAACAAACGGCUCAGCCGCGACGUGGUAGGCCACACAAGCUCACAGAACGGGACCGCCGAGUGCAUGAACGGGACCGCCGAGUGCUGAAGCACGUAGCGCGUAAAUCGCCUAUCCUCGAUUGCAUCACACACUACCGAGUUCCAAACUGCCUCUGGAAGCAACGUCAAAACACAAGAACUGUUCAUCGGGAGCUUCAUGAAAUGGGUUUCCGUGGCCGAACAGCUGCACACAAGCCUAAGAUCACCAUGCCCAAUGCCAACCGUCGGCUGGGUGGGGUAAAGCUCUCCGUCAUUGGACUCUGGAGCAGUGGAAACGCGUUCUCUGGAGUGAUGAAUCACGCUUCACCAUCUGGCAGUCCGACGGACGAAUCUGGGUUUGGCGGAUGCCAGUAGAACGCUACCUGCCCCAAUGCAUAGUGCCAACUGUAAAGUUUGGUGAAGGAGAAAUAAUGGUCUGGGGCUGUUUUUCAUGGUUAGGGCCCCUUUGUUCCAGUGAAGGGAAUUCUUAACGCUACAGCAUACAAUGACAUUCUAGACGAUUCUGUGCUUCCAACUUUGUGGCAACAGUUUGGGGAAGGCCCUUUCCUGUUUCAGCAUGACAAUGCCCCCGUGCACAAAGCGAGGUCCAUACAGAAAUGGAUUGUCAAGAUUGGUGUGGAGGAACUUGACUGGCCUGCACAGAGCCCUGACCUCAACCCCAUCGAACACCUUUGGGAUGAAUUGGAACGCCGACUGCGAGCCAGGCCUAAUCGCCCAACAUGAGUUCCCGACCUCACUAGUGCUCCUGUGGCUGAAUGGAUGCAAGUCCCCACAGCAAUGUUCCAACAUCUAGUGGAAAGCCUUCCCAGAAGAGUGGAGGGUGUUAUAGAAGCAAAGGGGGGAUCAACUCCAUGUUAAUGCCCAGUGGUGGAAAAAGUACCCAAUUGUAAUACUUGAGUAAAGGUGUCGAUACCUUAAUAGAAAGUUACUCAAGUAAAAGUGAAAGUCACCCAGUAAAAUUCUACUUGAGUAAAAGUCUAAAAGUAUUUAGUUCUAAAUAUACUUAAGUAUCAAAAGUAAAUGUAAUUGCUAAAAUAUACUUAAGUAUCAAAAGUAAAAGUAAAAGUAUAAAUCCUUUCAAAUUCCUUAUAUUAAGCAAAGCAGAUGGCACAAUUUUAUUGUUUUGAACAUUUACAGAUAGUCAGGGGCACACUCCAACACUCAGACAUCAUUUACAAAUGAUGCAUUUGUGUUUAGUGAAUCCGCCAAACCAUAGCCAGUAGGGAUGACCAGGGAUGUUCUCUUGAUAAGUGCGUGAAUUGGACCAUUUUCCUGUCCUGCUAAGCAUUCAAAAUGUAACGAGUACUUUUGGGUGUCAAGGAAAAUGUAUGGAGUAAAAAGUACAUUAUUUUCAUCAGGAAUGUAGUGAAGUAAAAGUAAAAGUUGUCAAAAAUAUAAAUAGUGAAGUAAAGUACAGAUACCCAAAAUAACUACUUAAGUAGUACUUUAAAGUAUAUUUUCUUAAGUACUUUACACCACUGUCAAUGCGUGUUCGAGGAGCAUGUAUUCAAUACAGGGCCAGCUCUAGCCUUUUGGGGGCCCCAAGGGAUAUUUGGUUAGGGGGGCCACGUCACCAAGCCGGCACAUUUUUUUUUUAGCGACCCCACUCUUGACGGUGGAGAGAAAAAUUUACGUUUUAAAGUACAUUUCCUGUGGUUCGACACAUUUUCACAUGGGGGCGGAGAGAAAAGGUUGCAAUUAAAUCACAAAUUUCAUGCAUUUCUUCUAAUUUCCCCAUGGGGCAGAGAUACAUUUUUGCACUUUUAAAGGAAGUUUCCUACGGUUCUACACAUUCUGCCAUGGGGUGGAGAGAAAAUGUCACCAUUUUAUAACACAUUUCAUGCAAAUCUAUUCAUUUUGCCAUGGGGCAGAAAUAUUUUUUGGGCAGUUUUAAAGCUAAUUUCCUGCAAUUCUACACAUGUUGCCAUGUUAAUGAUAUCUGAGUGACAGUGACUAACAAAGUCAAUGGGAGUCCCCUGGAGGUCAGGGCCCCCUGGAGGUCAGGGCCCCCUGGAGGUCAGGGUCCCCUGGAGGUCAGGGUCCCCUGAAGGUCAGGGCCCCCUGGAGGUCAGGGCCCCUGGAGGUCAGGGUCCCCUGGAGGUCAGGGCCCCCUGGAGGUCAGGUCCCCUGGAGGUCAGGGCCCCUGGAGGUCAGGGCCCCCUGGAGGUCAGGGGCCCAGGGCACGUGCCCUGCGUGCCCAGUCGGUAUUCGGCCAUGAUUACUACAAGUUUAGAUAACUGGCUAGACUAACUUACCAAUCAAACAAUGGUUAGCUGGCAUGGCUAAUUGAGUGACUGACAGUGACUGACAAAACAAGAGGAAAACUGCUGAUGCACAACCAAAUUUCGAAUUUGCAGCCUCUGUAUUCUACUAUUCUAACUGUCAACAGUUGAGACCCCGACUGAGUAUAUACAUAAUAUGUAUUUUUUUUUUUUUUGGGGGGGGGGGGGGGGGUCUGGGGCCCCCUAGUGCCCUGGGGCCCUAAGCAACCACUUAUGUUGCUUAUACCUGGAGCCGGCCCUGCACACAGACAGAGACACACACAGACACAGACACAGACACACACACACACACACACACAGACACACACACACACACACACACACCACACAGACACACACACACACACACACACACACACACACACACACACACACACACACACACACACACACACACAAACAGACACAGACACACACACAGACACACACACAGACACAGACACACAGACACAGACACACACACCAGACACAGACACACGCACACACACACAGACACACACACACACACACACACACACACACACACACACACAAACACACACACACACCAGACACAGACACACAAACAGACACACACACACAGACACCAGAGCAGCUGAUCUCUCUACAGAUUUACAGCACUUGCAAUCUAUCAUAUGACUCAUAACAGAUCAUUUUGACUUUGUCUCUCUGUAGACAGUGUUCAAUGUAUUAUAUUAUAUUUAGCUUCUGAGACUUAAAGCAGUUAUUGUACUCUUGUUGUAUCCAUUUUACAGGAUUCAGAAAAGAUUCAACGAUUGUGGGAUGCGAUUAAAGCCCAGACAAAUUAUACAAUCGCAGUAAGUGUUUGAAUAAAACUGUUCACUGUAUAAAGUUCAUUUGGUAAAUAAAUGUUCUGUCCAUAAGAAACCUCUAACUACAUUAAGUUCUAAGGGUUCUUGAUGUUUCGCAGGCUAUCACUGGGAUGGGGAUAGACAAUCACCUUCUGGGACUCAGAGAGAUCUCACGGGAGCUCCAGAUGGAGGUGCCAGAGAUCUUCACAGAUGAAACCUAUGUGGCCAGUAACCAGUUCAUUCUCUCCACCAGUCAGGUAUACCCUCUAGUCAUCUCUUUGCUAUGUGGCUAUUGCUGGUGCUGCCAUAAUAAUAAUCAUAAUAAUAGUAUAGAAUAUGUGCCAUUUAGCAGACGCUUUUAUCCAAAGUCAUGCUGCAUACAUCUAAUCUCAGUAUUUGACAAGCAGCUAAAUGACAAGAACAUCAUUUCAACCAAUUGUGUUAUAACUGAUUAUUACAUAUGUACAUGCUCUAUGAAGUAAUCAUGAACAGUUUAUAAACUACUUAUAAAUCCCUACUUAUAAAAGUAUACCUGAGUAUAUCUAAGUAGAUGAAUGUAUUAACCGGUAUACCCUCCUCAGGUCCCCACCACAGUGGAGAUGUUCUGCUGCUAUGGCCCGGUGGUUCCUAAUGGGUACGGUUGCUGCUACAACCCCCAGUCGGACCACCUCCUCUUCAGUGUGACCAGCUUCCACGGGAGCACCGAGACCUGCUCGGCCGUGUUCAUCAGGGCUCUGGACGAGGGCCUCGUGGAGAUGAGGGAUCUGUGCAAGAAGAGCAAUAAGCCUCAGAGCAACGCUGCCGCUGCUGCCUUGAAGACGGUUGAGAAAAGCCAAGGAGCAGGCAGCAAGCCUCUGAGCACACCUCGAGAAAACAGGGAAAUAAGUCAUACUGAGGAAGCAUUACGGUGUCCAUAUUAG